UGCUUAGAGAAUCGCCACCAAUCGCCAAGCAUCUGAAGAUGCAGGACGCUCGGAUCAACAAGGUGAUGAAAGUGUGCCUUUUGUCGAUACUUUUGCCGGCCAAUUUCUACAGCUACUCGCCCAUCCUGUCCACUCUGUGGAAGUAUUACAGUGCACCAGCCAAUGCGACCGAUGUUCAGUUUACCCUCCACAUGGAGGAAAACUUUUACGGUCUCAACAUUCGGACGUCACUCAGUCAAUACCUGCUAUUCGGCGCGAUCAUGGUGCCGACUUCGUUUCUGUGUGCAUUCGUCGGUACCGCCAAGUUUGUAUCGAUCUUGGCCAUCAUCAAGUACUGCACCGUCUACUUUCAGCUGGUGGCGCUAAAGAUCCAGGACACCGCUCGUGAGCGAUCUUUCCGCUCCGAGCUGAAGACGAUCGCCCAAAUGCAUCAGGGUGCCCUCAACUGUGCCGAACUGCUUCGAACGCUCACCGCUCCUGUGAUGCUGAUUCAGAUUAUCCUGUGUGUUCUGGUCUGGAGCUCUAUGUUGCUCUACUUCACCGUAUCCGGCUUCGGCACCCAAUUCAUCAAUCUAUUCGUUUUGUUCCUGUUCGAUACGACUGAAACCUUCGGCUACUGCUACCUGAGCAACCAGCUUUCGGAUGCGGCAGCCAAGGUAGCUGGUGUUGUGUACGAAAGUGGCUGGGAAGCGGAAUGUGCCUCGGUGCAAAAAGACCUCCAACUGAUAAUAGUGCGAACCCAAAAGCCAAUCGGCAUUACAGCGGGUAAAUUUUGUAACCUGAACAUGGAACUGUUUGGAGAAGUGGUUAAAAACACCUACUCCUUUUACAUUCUGCUAAAAGACCAAUUCAUGGAGAUUCUGAUGGCCCUGCAGCAACUGCCUUGGUACGAGCAAUCAGCCAAGAUCCAGAAACAGAUACUGCUCAUGGUAAGGUGCUCUCAGGUGCCUACCGAGAUAAAAGCCGGCAAGCUCAUUCACGUCAACAUAGCUCUGUUCAGUGCGAUGAUACAAAAAUCCUAUUCAUUGUACUUGGUAAUUAAGGAUCUACUCCAAGACAUGACACUUGAAGUAAUGAAGUUUCUCCAAAUCGACGAUCCUCGCGAUACGCUGCCCAUUAGUUGCAGACUGCUUGACUUGUUCGGUCUUGGUCGCGAUGAGCGUUUCAAGUGGCUGUUCUGGUUCCAGUGCGUUCUGUACCUGCUGUUCAACAUCGUAACGAGGUUUAUCAUGGAAAUUGAAGAUACGGUCACCCUCAUACGGCUCGGUGCCGAAACAUUGUUCGUUACAUCGUUGUUCGCACAAAUGUUGGCGCUCUACGUGAGACGUGUCAACCUCUACGACUUAAUCGACAUGCUGCGGGAGUGCACUAGCGAACCAUGUUCGGAAGAGAUCUCAACGUUCUUUAUCCGCACGAAUGGGGCAUUAAACAAAUUCUCCAUAGCUUAUUGCAGAUACUUUAUCGUGGUGUUCCUCCUCUAUCUAGUGAUGCCUCCGAUAUCGACGUGCGUGGUCUACUUGCGAAACCGAAGCAAACAAAACGAAACACCCGAGGAGUACAUCAUACCGACAGAGAUGAAGUAA